AGCACUUCCUCAAGAUGAAAAAACUAAUGCCAUUUUUGUGUUUUUCGACAGUCCUGAAUUUUUUCUCAUCUGUACGACGAACAAUGCCUAUUCCAGUGAGGCAAAUAUUGGGUAUACACAUGCUUAGAGCAAUAGUCACUCUCAUGAGUAAUAAAUGAGGAGAUGUUCUGAAGAUGGUUUUCGAAACUCAUGAAAUCGAUAGACAGGUGUGAAAAAUGACUAUUCUACAUUCUUGCUGCUGUUGGAGAUCGGUGCGGAAAGGGAGUUACGCUUGCGGAAUCUAUACAGCGUUCUACUACACAAUGAAUGCAGCCCAUUCUUCUUUUCUACUCCAUGAAGAACUGACCUUCUUUCGAAACAGCAGUGAGGCAGAAGAUUCUCUCAUUGACCAUGACACAACCUCGGAAACUUCCAUGGCUUUCACAAUUGUGCUCCUUACAUUAUCAUCGAUGGGUAUUUUUACGACAUUUCUCUUACUUUUUGGAUUGUACAAGGACUGCAAAAUUCUGUUGAUACCUUGGAUCUUCAAUAUUAUCAUUUUCAUAUUAGCUGACAUGUCGUAUGUAAUCUACAGUUUGAUUGUACAUGCGCUCCAGUGGAAUCCUACUGCAGCAAUAAUAAUAACUAUAGACUUCUUUUUGAAUUCCUUACAUGUUUACAGUUUGCUUUGUGUGAUAUCGCAAUACCAAGAAUUGAAGGCAGGAAGAGGUAGAACUUUAGAUGACCAAUUAUACAGGGUACCAAAUGUGCAUUAUAGUUCUCAACCAACAGCGACCAGUUUCAUGAGUUCCAGAAAACCUGUCACCUACUACGAAACAAAACCUACGCCAACCCAAAGUCCUACGGGGCCAGCACCAUCCCCAUCGAUCAUCAUCCCCGACAUCCUGUCACCCAACAUCGGCAGUACAAGAAGAGGAUCCAGGAAGUCCGUGAAAUUCGGUGACAGUAAUACUCUGCCACACCACAACGGUUCCCAACUUCUGGAUCCGUGGUCUAUAGAGUCCAAAUCGCCGAUACUAGUGAAGAGAGUGAUGGACACUGCACCAUUAAUCAAUUCGGGAGGUGUUAAUGUGACGCAGCUGAGUGUGUAGUAAUGGGUCGAAACUGUAUAGUCAGAACUAGCAGCCAAAAACUUCUUGAGGGACUGUGGAGGUUAUUCGUGAAGGGUAUAUUCAGUUUUGAUCAAUUUGAAAUUGAAAUUGUAAUACUCAUGAGCUUGCACUAGUUCUCUUAGUUUUCAGUCGCAGUUUUCAAACACUGAUUUCCCAAAAAUAAUCCAACAACUCCUGAAAGUUUUCACAGAGAUCAACAAACUCCAGCUGGUCAUCAGAAUAUUCAUUCUAAACAUUACAUCCACUGCAAUAACCAACAGCUCAAGAGACACGUUCACGCAAUUUCGAAUGAGAAAUAACGGACUAGUGAAUCUAAAAUUGACAGUUUUGGGAAGGUUUACAUUUAUUUUGUUGGUAUAAAGCAUUUAUACAGAUACCCCCAGUAUGACACGAUAUACUUCUUUAUCAGACUGUAAAAUAUUAGUAUUACAUAUAACAUAGUCAAGUUUUGUUGCAUUCACAGUAUUUCUUGGCAAGAUUCAAAUUUAGUGAGGUUAUGUGAAGUUACAGGUUAGGUUGAGUUUGAGGCUAUCAUAUUCUCAAUGAAUUGGCAGAAAAUGAACAGCCAACAGAAAUUUUGGAAAACUUCAAUGAAUCAAAAUCAGAAAAUAAGAAUCGAAAUAGAAGAAAGCCGGAACAAUUUUUUCAUAUCCGAAAUUGAGAGUCUAGAGAAAGAGUCUAGAGUCUAUUUGACCCCUUGAUCCACUAGCGCGUUUCCUUUAAUUCCGCAGUGGCUGGAAACCCACACAAAUUUUUUCGGGAAAACAUUGGUCGAAGCUUGAACCAAUGUAAAGUAUUCAACAAUGAUGAGAUCUUCAUUUCUUAACAAACCAUCAAUAUGCUCUGCCCAUGACAUUUUUCUAUAGAAGCGGUGCAGAAUUUUCAAAAUCGAUUUCCUGAUUUUCCAUCAUCUUCCAUCAUCUUGAAUGUUCAUGUAUUGAUCUCAGUCUUCGAUAAUGAACACAGUAAAUUGUGUAUUGCAAUACAUCAAAUUACAUUAAAUGAACUUUUGAGAAUAGUCAGAGGUUUUUUGCUUUUGUUUGACACUUUAUGUACGGUGGUUUUCAGAUUUUCAUUCAAUGUGACAUUCAGGCGGUAAAGUUAUAGACUAUCUAACAACUGCAAAAAUAGAGUUCAUCAUAGAGUCUAAACUUUUUAUCCAUGCCCAUCAUGUUUCUACUGGAAAUCCCUGUAUCUGAGAUAACCUAUACGUAGAGGUUUUUCUUCUAAAACUUCAUAUCCAUGUUUCCUCUGUAAUACCCUGGAUCUAAGAUGAUCUAUACCUUCUAUAACUUCAUAUCCAUGCUUUUACAUGUUUCUACUGAAAAACCCUGGAACUGAAAUAACCUUUAUCUAGGGGUUCUUCUUCUAAAACUUCAUAUCCAUACUCUUCCAUGUUUCCACUGGAAAAUCCUGGAUCUAUGAUAACCUUCACGUAGGGGUUAUCCUUCUUGAACUCGACAUCCAUGCUUCUCCAUGUGUCCACUGGAAAAUCCUGGAUGUAAGAUAACCUAUACGCAGGGGUUUUCCUUCUGAAAUACUUUUCUGUGUAUUGCCUAUCUGUUUCCACUGGAAAGCUCUGAAUCUAAGAUGACCUCUACGCAGGGGUUAUUUUUCUAAAACUCCAUAUCCGUAUUUUUCCAUGUUUCCACUGGAAAAACCUAGAUCUAACAUAACCCUUUCGUAGGUGUUAUUCUUCUUAAACUCCAUAUUCAUGCUUCACCUUGUUUCUACGGGAAAACCCACGAUCUUAGAUAACCUAUACUUAGGAGUUAUUCUUCUUGAACUUCAUAUCCACGCUAUUCCAUGUUUCUACUGGAAAACCCUGGAUCUGAGAUAACCUUUACGUAGGGGUUCUUCUUCCCAAACUUCAUAUCCAUGAUUUCCCAAGUUUCUACUAGAAAACCCUGGAUCUGAGAUGACCUCUACUUAGGGGUUAGUCUUCUCAAAUUAAAUAUCCAUGCUUUUCCAUGUUUUACUGGAAAAUCCUGGAUCUAAGAUGACCUUUACGUAGGGGUUCUUCUUCUCAAACUUCAUAUCCAUGCUUUCCCAAGUUUCUACUAGAAAACCCUGGAUCUGAGAUGACCUCUACUUAGGGGUUAUUCUUCUGAAAUUGAAUAUCCAUGCUUUUCCAUGUUUCUGCUGGAAAACUCUGGAUCUGAGAUAACCUUCACGUGGGGGUUCUUUUUCUCAAACUCCAUAUCUAUACUUUCCCAUGUUUCUACUAGAAAAUCCUGGAUCUGAAAUGAUCUCUUCUCAGGGGUUAUUCUUCUAAAAUUCCAUAUCCAUGCUUUUCCAAGUUUCUACCAGAAAAUCCUAUAUGUAGGAGUUAUCCUCUUCGAAUGAUAAAUGAAAAAAAAUGUUUCGAUUCUGCUAUUGCGAGGUUAACAGUCCAGUAAAAAAAUUUCUGGGAAGUUUAGACAUAUUUUUCAAAAUAACCCUUUCAGUCGGGUACCACUACCAGAGUGUGAGUUGUAAUUCUAGGACUAUAUUGGUGAAUUAUGUACCUACAGGGCGUUUAUGAAAAUAUGCUUGAAAAAUUGUACGAGUAUAAACCAAAACAAGACACACCUCAAGAAAAGUAUUUCAAAUAUUCAUCAUCAUAUUGUUUUGAAAACUUUUACUCACAUCGAUCUGACGUAGGAUAGAAAAUAUUUAAAACGUAUUAGAACCUUAUGAGUUUUGAACAAUCAUUCUGCUGUUCUUUCAUGAGAGUGUUUCAUUUUCAAGUUUGCAUUGAUUUCGAAACUUUUCUCCACGCUGAAAAAAUAU